AUGGCUCCGCUGCGUACCUCAAGGCGCCGCUUCGUUCGCGUCUUGACAGGUGCUGCGCUGGCGCUGCUGGCGCUGAGAGCGCUCAGCUUCGUUGCUCCUCGAGAAUCUGGCCUGUCUGCGCCUGCGCCCCUGACCCGGCGCCACGCAGUGGAGGCGCCUAUGGACGAUGGCCCGGCGGACGAUGGGCGAGUCCUAGACGGUUCCGGGAUCGUGGGUUCAGUUGGCGCGCUGGUGCUGGCCAUUGCGGUGCUCCCUUAUGUGGCUCUGAGCAUCUACAGCGCCGUCCAGCUGGCGACGCAGGGCCAGGCCAUUGCGCCGGUCGUGGCGAACGGCACCCUGGCGCCAACGGGCGUUCUCGGCCUCGGUGAAGGCGUGGGCGUCUUGGUUGUCUUCGGCGUGUCGUUGUGGUCCAUCCUCUCGCUGGUGAUCCGCGGAGCGGGGCUCCCUGCGGGCCCAUUUAGCGUCCUCGGCCUCACGCAGACCCUCUCCUUCGUCGGCGCCCUGGCUUUUGCAGCGGCCGGUGUCCUGAACGGCCUCGGGGAGGACAAUCCGGUUCGCGGCAUCAGUCUGGGAGCAACCCCCGCGCAGCUUCAGCAAGUGGCUUCCAAGAGCGGCAAGCUCUUCUCGAAGUCCGCGGAAGAGGUGGUGCGCUUGACGGCAGAGCCGCGGGCCGAGCUGGAGGCAAAGUUGAAGGAGGUGGAGGAGCAGGCUUCGACUGAGUUGGCCAAGACUCCGGCGGGCAAGGUGAAACUCCCAGAUGUGAAGCUCCCGGACGUGAAGCUCCCGGAUGUGAAAACGCCCGACGUCAAGCUGCCCGAUGUCAAGAUGCCGGACGUCAAGAUGCCCGACGUCAAGCUCCCCGAGUUCAAGAUGCCGGACAUCAAGAUGCCCGACGUCAAGAUGCCGGCCUUCAAGGUCCCCGAAUUGAAGGCGCCGGGGAAGGCGUCGCCGGCGGCACCGGCGCCUGAGGUCCAAGAAGCUCCAGCAACACAGGCGACGGCAACGGAGGAGGACCUUUUUGAUUGA